CGCGCGCGUUUUGCUCUUUGAGCAAGAGCAGUCCGCUUGCGCGCGCUGUCAGCCGGCACAAAAUGGCUUCAAUGGGCGAUCCGGUGAGACUGGAAAGAGAUAUCUCUCGAGCAAUAGAAUUGUUGGAUAAACUACAGAGAACUGGCGAGGUUCCUCCCCAGAAGCUACAGGCUUUGCAGAGGGUGCUUCAAAGUGAAUUUUGCAAUGCUGUGCGAGAGGUUUAUGAACAUGUUUAUGAGACCGUAGAUAUUAACAGCAGCCCAGAGGUCAGAGCCAAUGCCACAGCCAAGGCAACUGUAGCUGCCUUUGCAGCCAGUGAAGGCCAUUCCCACCCUCGGGUAGUUGAGCUUCCAAAAACGGAAGAAGGCUUGGGCUUCAAUAUCAUGGGUGGAAAAGAGCAAAAUUCUCCAAUCUAUAUUUCACGCAUCAUCCCAGGGGGAAUUGCAGACCGGCAUGGUGGACUCAAGCGAGGAGAUCAGCUACUUUCUGUCAAUGGUGUGAGUGUUGAAGGAGAGCACCAUGAGAAGGCUGUUGAGCUCCUGAAGGCCGCCCAGGGAACAGUGAAGUUGGUGGUACGGUACACCCCAAAAGUGCUUGAAGAAAUGGAGUCUCGGUUUGAGAAGAUGAGGUCUGCAAAACGCAGGCAGCAGAACAAUAUUCCUCAGUAGCUCAUUGCUUCUGUCCAACAUUGUCUUGUGUUUGCAUAUCUUAGACCUUUUGCCUUUCACAGAGGGUCUACAAUUCAUUGUAGCUUAGAAAGGUGUUCAUAGUUUCUAUUGUUUGUACAUGGUCUGCGUGAGAUGUAGUGUUGGGGCUGUUGGCAGGGGAACUGGUAAAACUGGAUUCAGUAACUACAUAUAUUUCCAUACAUAUUACUUAUACACACACACACAUUUAUAGAAGGAUAAUGGUGGGAAGGAGAUUGCCUCAUUUCUUGCCAAAUGAAUAAAGCUGCAGCAUUCCGAUUUUUCUUUUUUUCUUUUCUUAGCAACAACUGCCAUUAUAGUAGUUAAAUAAUUGUAAAUUGUGGUAUAUAUAUAUAUUUCACCAACUGACCAUUUGUGUCUAUGGUGAAAAUUUAAUUAAAGGUCAGAACACUAAAAUGAACAUUUAGUUCCUUCAGAUGUCUGCCACAAUAAUCUCACAUUUUUUUUAUUAAUCUAAUUUUUUUAUUUACAACUGUUAACAAAUUCCUUUUUUGAUAAUCUCUGUAAAUGAAGCAUACUUAUUUAUAUAUUAUCAGUUUUAAAAACAAUCACAAUUCUCAGGUUCUUUAUAUAUUCUUAUACUCUGUGAAGGUGUGAUAGAAUUAUACUGUUUCAAGGUUUGUAUUUCUCCCAGCUUAAAAUGCUUCACUUUGAGCACAUCUUGCAUGCAGACUGCUGUGAUGUUAUGAGAGCCAUUUCUUCAGUUUAUUCAGAAUAUGACACAGUAUUUGAAUUUAUGGUGACAGGACCACCAAAUGCUUCCUAAAAGCAUAGAACUGUAAACUUUUAUGGGUGUACCCACAAUGGCAAAAAAUACAAGAAUUCAUUUAGUUGUGUAGUAAACUUUUGCGAUCCUAGUUUUGUCUCACGAUAUCAAUGUUGUUUACAGUUCCAGUCGUCAAAAAUGUGGCGAUGGGUAUAUAGCGCAAUGCGUAUUGUUCAUGAAAACAGCAAUAUUAACAAAUAUUCUUGCCAUUUAGUAAAUCAUUAAACAAAUUUUAUUUUAUAGGAAAGACUUUUGCUCUUUGAUACUUAAAAAUGGGUUGCACCUAAGCAAGUAGCUGUAUUAAACAGUGCACAUUUUUAACAUCUUGAAGAAAAUGUUCACGCCAUUUUGUUUUACAUAUUUAGAGCAUAAACCAAAUCCCUGCCAAUAAAAUAUACUAACUAUACCACCACUAAAAUUCUCUUAAAAUGGUUAAAAUGUGAGAAGCACUUUGUGUCAGGGCUAAGCAGUGUCACUUAAAUUCUGAAAUGCAAGUUUGUUUCUUUUUUAGGGAUUGAGUUUGUAAUUUUUUAUGGCACAUUGUAUUUAUCAAAUUUAAUAUAUAGCCUAAUGUUCCUUCUUGCUGUUGUAUUCCUUGUGAUUAAAAUAUAAUUGAUUGUUUUUACUGUAUUUGCAGGAGAAAAUAGUGCACUCAGUUGUACAUGCAUGUGAAAGAGCAUUGCUCCACAGCUGUCUUUUAUUCCAAUAAAUAUUUAAGUUAAAUGAGAAUGCUUAAUUAUUAUUGUUAUUAUUAUUAAUAUUAAAAUGAUUUGUUAAAAGUUGUUUCUGAUCCCUACACUUUUUAAUGCAUAGAUUCCCUCAUUCUAUUAAUUGUUUUUGAGCAAGCACUUGUACUUGUUUUGCAGGUUAACAUUAUGAAACAAAAUACCAAAUAAUUGAAUUAAAGUAUUCAUUGAAGUCAUAAAGUGUAAUUAACAAAUUGUACAACAUUGUCGUUUGUAAAGAUCAAGCACAAGUUUGCCUUUAAGCCUUGAGCAAGUAAGCCUGCCUGAUUUAGGAACAUCCCUCUGGUCCAGUUGGUGCUUAUUUGCUGGCCACCUGGUGAUCCCUUUUCUGGCAGAUGCCCCCACAUUGCUCACAACUCCGUCAGGAAGUUGCAGUGUUUAACAUUCACUCAACCUUGUUUAACAUUUUCCCUUCUCUCAAUUAUGUGUUAUUUUCAGGACCACGUGAUUGGGUAACUGGGCAACUGCCAACUUUUCCUGCGUUUUUCUUUUUACCGGGAGUGCCUGAAUAUCUAAGUGCUCCUUGGCCUUAUACUGGCUGAAAUUAUUACAAUGUAUAAUUCUUCUUGAAAAAACAAAGGAAACAUCAUAGAAAUGUAUGUAUAUUUGGGCAGAAUUGUGUGCUAACUAAUACAUCCUAAAUACUAUUGAGCAAAUAUGCAACUGACUAGCGGAAGGACAAUGUUGUAUGUAUGCACAUGAUUGUACUUUAAUUUAUUGUGCGUAACAACUGCAAGGAAGUUUGUUUUUUAACACUUAAUAUGUUUAUUAUUUCGUUCAUAGAAAAUUGGAGGUAAUAUUGUCUAUCACUAAUUCAUGUUUCGUACAGGCAUUCAGUCUUAGUUAAAUUCAUUAUUUGCACAAUUAAAUUGUAAAAGAAUUAUAAAAUGAAUCAGCAGGUCUAGUUUCUAUAUGUCAUUUCUUAUGACAGAGCUUUACUAAACACUAAUGCAAAUGCAUCUUUAGCCCCCAAAAGGGAAUGAUUUGUGCAUUAAAAUGAUCUUUACCAAAAUGUCCAACAUUGUGUGAAGCAACGUGGUAAUGAGUAAAAGAAAACAUUGUGUUAGGGUGGUCUCAUUUUCUUUAAUAAUAAUAAUAAUGAUAUUUUACUUUGGCACGUGUUCCCAGCCCACGAGUCCCCCUGACAUGAUAAUGUUCACUGCUGAUUCAGUUCAUUCUAUCUGAAGCCUGUCUUAUAUCAUGAAUCCUAAUUAAAAGAUUGGAUUAAUUUUAUGUUGUAAUUUGUUUGCUUGCACUUAAUCUGGGGGUCGAUGAAUACAAGAGCCCGGAUCAAGUAAAGCAUCUAAUGGGGGUAAUGAAGUUUUAACCUCUUGUAUUGGAGGAAUAUUUCAGAAAAAAAAGAUAUGCUAAUAAAUGUAUUGUGUCAUAAUGUGAAAAUAUGUCAAUAAAAACAUAAUUAUAUAUGAGCAAAGAUAAUUAAAUGUGUCAUAAAUUGUUUAUUGUUGCUUGUUUCUUUAUGUAUUUGUUCAUUUAUUUAUUUCAGUGGUACUGCAGGCAACAUAAAAUACAUGAAAUGAAAAGUGUCUUUCAUGAAAUGUUGAGUACAGUGUUUUAAUUGUAGACUUGUCUGUAAAGUGGAUGUAGAUUUUCGCCCGUCUAGUGCUACAUUCACAGCAGACUCUUCAGAUGCAGACUCCUGAGAGAAUAAUGAAUUCAGAGCUUCUUGAAUCGCAAUUCUCAGCAACUUUGCUCACCUUAGAAAUCCUGAGGUUCAUAGGCAUGUGCGGAGUUGAGACUGUGCACAUCCCCUCUAUUGACAAUUCACUAAUCAAAAGACAGUACUCAGUAAAGCCUACCCUCAUCAUUUUGACGAGCGUUAAUAGCAGUUUUUAUUUCAAGACAUAUUUCAUAGUGUGUGUGUGUGUGUGUGUCACUGAAAUAAUCAAAUAAUACAGAAAGAAAUAAGCAAAAAACAUUUUAUGACACAUUUACUUAUGCUCAAAUAUCAUUGUCUUCUUAUUUAUGUAUUGUCACAUUUAUCAAUAAACUAUUAAUUUAAUUUUGUCUGAAAUAUUCCUCCACACUCCCGAGGCAUUACAGAAUGAUGCCUCCAAUUUUCUUUCACUAAGCUGAAUUGAAGAGAAAGGUAUUAUGUUUUUAUAUUCAAAGACAUUUUGGAUGUUAGAAUAAUGCAAUUCCAGUGAACAUAAAGGUUGUGCAUGAUAUCUUUUAUUAUUAUAAUUAUUAUUUACAAAAGGUUCAGUUCUCCAGAAUUAUAAGCAUGGAUAAUUAGAAAGCACUAUGCUGGAAAAAAGUGUGUUCUCAUUUGAAUGAAUAUCUUCCAGAAUUGUUUUAUAUCAUUGUUUGGUAUUUAUUUUUAAUAUAUGGUGACACAGUAGCAAUUUUACACAAUUUUUUACUCUUUAUGAUGUUAAUACAUUUUGAGUAUUAGUGGUACACUGACUAGCUAUCUUGUUACUUCAGCUUCAUCAUAGUUGAUGUGAAAUUAGUGGGUUUCCUUUUUGUAAAACCAGACAUGUAUUCCAGCCCUUGGAAAAACAUGGUAAUAAAUUAUGUUAAAUGAU